AUGCCUCUGGCCUUGGCCUUUGGGCUGCUCGCCAUCCUGGGCGCCCGCGGAGGCUGGGGCUGUCUGCAGUGCGACCCCUCGGUGCCGGCGGCCCUGAGGCAGCUGCGCUUGGCCAUCAUCCCCGGCCAAUUCCGUCUCGGGCAGCAUGGGGCCCGCGCUCAGUCCCUGCUGCUGGGCAUGGAGGGAUCUUUCUUCCGCAACUAUGCGCUGAACGCGUUUGUGGGGCAAGUGGAGACAGAUCACCUGGACCAUGUGGCAUCCUUUAUCAAGAAUGAAAUUAAUAAGUUAAAGGCUAAGUCUCUGAGAGAUGAGCCUCUGCUGGAAGAGCUGGUGACUCUUAGGCAGAGGGUGGUCAAGAGACUCAAGAGAGCUCUGAGUUCGUAUGAACUGAAAGCCUGCAACCGCAAAACUUGCCACUUGCUAAAAGGAGAGGUCUUAGACUGUUUACACUGCCAGAGGAUCAGUCCCAAGUGCAUAAAAAAGAAGGACUGUUUCGUUGACAGGCAGCCCCGAGUGGCCCUGCAGUACGACAAAGAGAGUACAAGCCCGUGGAGCCAGGCCCUGCCCGGCAUCGUGGUUUCCUUGUUUCUGGCUGUCUUCGUCUUUGGGGUCAUCCUGGCUUCGGCUAUUAUUUACAGGCAAAACCGGAAACUCCUGCUGCAGUAG